AGGCGGAGCAGGGGCGGGCCUGGCUCCACGCCUCUUCGGCCAGUCGCCGAUCGCCUUUAGGACCCGGCGCAGCGCGGAAUGAGGCUCGGAGGCGGGCUAGGGGAAGCCGUCGCGCACGCCUGACGUAACCAACCCGCGCCGGCGGAGAGAGGACGCCGAGAACCGCGCGCAGCCACGUUACUGGUUCGUCUCAGCUCGAACGCACCAUGGCGGCGCCGGUCCAGCAGCCUACUCAGCCUGGCGGCGGGAAGCGCAAAGGCAAGGCUCAGUACGUGCUGGCCAAGCGGGCUCGGCGCUGCGACGCCGGCGGGCCCCGGCAGCUGGAGCCCGGGCUCCAGGGCAUCCUCAUCACCUGCAACAUGAACGAACGCAAGUGCGUGGAGGAGGCCUACAGCCUGCUCAACGAGUACGGCGACGACAUGUACGGGCCUGAAAAGUUUACAGACAAGGAUCAACAGCUCUCUGGAAGUGAGGGAGAAGAUGAUGAUGCGGAGGCUGCCUUGAAGAGAGAAGUUGGUGAAAUUAAGGCAUCUACAGAGAUGAAGUUAAGAAGAUUCCAGUCAGUGGAGAGUGGAGCAAAUAACGUCGUCUUCAUCAGAACACUUGGGAUAGAACCUGAGAAAUUGGUGCAUCAUAUUCUCCAGGAUAUGUACAAAACCAAGAAGAAGAAGACUCGGGUUAUUCUACGAAUGUUACCCAUCUCAGGCACCUGCAAGGCUUUCUUAGAAGAUAUGAAAAAAUAUGCAGAAACAUUUUUGGAACCCUGGUUUAAAGCUCCAAACAAAGGGACAUUUCAGAUUGUAUACAAAUCUCGAAAUAACAGUCACAUGAAUAGAGAAGAAGUUAUCAAAGAAUUGGCAGGAAUAGUGGGCAGCCUCAAUUCAGAAAAUAAAGUGGAUCUCACCAAUCCACAGUACACGGUGGUAGUAGAAAUCAUCAAAGCUGUCUGUUGCCUGAGUGUUGUGAAAGAUUACAUGUUGUUCAGAAAAUACAAUCUCCAGGAGGUGGUGAAGAGUGCUAAGGAUCCAUCACAGCCUAACAACGUAAAGCAGGGAAUUGGGAAUGAAGCUAAAUUGGAAUCUGGUGGCAAAUCAAAUAAAAACGACUCAGCAGACGGAAAAAACCAGCAGGUGGUACCGGAGCAUAGUGAGGAGCCAGGGCAGACCAGACCAACAUCUGAGAUGCAGGUGGUGAAUGAGGGUGUAGCCAAACCUGAGCUUGUAAGUCAAGUCACAGAAGGAUCCAAGUCAAAUGAAAAUGACCACUCAUAGGAGGUCGUUUGGUGUUGGAGGUGGGUUUAUCAGCUGGGGUUCUAUGAGUUGUUGCUGAAGUCCCACCUAAGAUUGUGGCUGAAAAUACUGUCUUGACCUUUGUGUGCUGCAUAAUACCAUUCUAUAUUAGUGAACAAUGAUCACACAGCCCCGCUAACAGUUUUGUUAAAGAUCUUUCAGUCCUGUAUGGCACUUUGAGUAGGCCCACUUAGCUGCUGCACGGGGUGAGGUGGGGAGGGGCACUGCGGAGGAGGAGGACGUUGGCCUUUCCUGGCUUCCCCUUAUGCACUGCUGACUGACUUAUGGGACUGGACAGACUCUGAAGUAGAAGAUCAGAGGGAAGUUUUCAUUCUAAGGAAGGAUUUUUUUACAUGCCACAAUUAAGCUGUCCCCUGCCACUUCGUUGUAAACAUUGCAAAAAAUGUGGAUUGUGUAGGUUAGAAAUGAAUUGUUUUGUGGUGUUUUAGUAUUUUCUGUGAUUUUCUUGUUUGGUUGUAUUUGUUUUUAUAUUUUAUUAACAUUUGUGUGUAACAAAUCUGACAGUCCAGUACUGCAAUUUGGGGUUUUUUUUGAGUUAGAGUCUCACUCUGUUGCCCAGGCUGGAGUGCAGUGGCAGUUAAUAGCUUCCGCAGUCUUGACCUGAUGAGCUCAGGUGAUCCUUCUACCUUAGCCUUCCAAGUAGCUGGAACUACAGCCAUGUG